AAAGCAAGGGUGGUUAAAUCAUCAUCAACUUGUUUCAUUAUUAUUCUUGGUCUUCUUGGUGAAGCCGGAUAAUAAGACUUUGAUGCAUCUCACAUAGGAAGGGGAGAGAAAGAGUUGAGAUCUGCUGCCGACCCAAACUCCCUCCGCUGUCGUCCAGUCAGUUUGCCAACAGAGUUGAGAAGGAUUUGAGCUGUCAAGAUCAAAACGAACAUCUCAAAUUCAUCUCAAAAAGUAAGAUUAGUAAGAAUUAGAUGGGAACUGGAAUGGUGGACGUGUUUUUGUUGUAACUAAAGUUAAACUCGUAUAUUUAUUGUGAAACAACUCGAAAUGUUUCAACUCAAGAACGGCUUCAUUGCCUUCCUCGUCGUAAUUCUUCCACUUUUAGCAUUAAAAACUACAGCUGAUGCAAACGACUCUCCGGAAGAUAUUGAUAAAAACCAUUUCCAUGUAUUGACUGUUGCAACGAAAUGGACAGAAUCGCUUGUUCGAUACUUGAGGAGUGCAAAAGUCAAUGGUCUGACCGUGGAAAUACUAGGCCUCGGAGACCAAUGGGAAGGAGGUGAAGUCCGAGUGGGGCCUGGAGGCGGUCAAAAAGUCAACUUAGUUAAGACUGCCUUAGAAAAGAUGAAAGAUCUUCCAGAUUUCGACAAAAAAGUCGUAAUGUUCACGGACAGCUAUGACAUUCUACUUCUCGGGAAUACUGCACAAAUUUUUAAGCAAUUCAAAAUGUCAAAUUCAAAAGUUUUAUUCGGUGCGGAGUCCUUUUGUUGGCCAGAUGAGAAAUUGUCCAACGAUUAUCCAGAGGUCUUGAGGGGAAAGCGGUAUCUUAAUUCUGGAGGUUACAUUGGGUACGCAUCCACGCUGUAUGAAUUGUUACGCAGCAAAGAGAUUGCGAAUGCGGAUGAUGAUCAAUUAUUUUUUACGAAAUUGUUCUUGGACGAGGAAUUGAGAUCUAAGCAUAAAAUCAAAUUGGACUCGAAAUCUUCAAUUUUUCAAAAUCUUAAUGGCGCAACUGGGGAGCUUGAAAUGCGAUUUGUUGAAGGAAGUCCCGUUCUUUUCAAUACGCAGUACAACACAUACCCGUUGGUCUUGCAUGGCAAUGGACCCACUAAAACAGUUCUCAACUCUUAUGGGAAUUAUUUACCGACAAACUGGAACGAAGAGAGUGGUUGUGCAAGUUGUUGGGAUGAGAUGACUACUCUUGCUGAUAUUAAGGAAGAUGACUUGAAACCCGUGUUAAUUGGAGUAUUUAUUGAGAGACCAACACCGUUCUUGGAGGAAUUUUUGCACAAAAUCACCUUGUUGGAUUACCCAAAGAAGAAAGUUCACUUUUUCCUUCACAAUAAUGUUGAGUAUCAUUCAAAACUCGUCAAUGAGUUUAUCGCCAACUACACAAAAACGUAUGCUAGCUUCAAGAAAAUUAUCCCUGAAGAUAAAACCAAAGAGUGGCAUGCAAGGAAUUUGGCUGUGGAAGAAGCUGUGAAGAAAGAUUGCGGGUACUUUCUCAGCGUUGAUGGAGAAGCUCAUCUGGACAAUCCAUUCACACUGAAAUUACUUAUUGAGCAGAACCGAGGAGUUGUCGCUCCAAUGCUCGUCCGUCCAUACAAGGCUUGGUCCAACUUCUGGGGUGCCCUAACCUCGGAAGGAUUUUAUGCUCGAUCAAAUGACUACAUGGACAUUGUGAAAGGUGAUCGAAGGGGAUUAUGGAAUGUGCCAUUUCUUAGCGGUGCUUAUUUGGUCAACGGAAGUAUUCUGAACGAUCCGAAAUUGCGGCCAAACUAUAUCAACAACCUUCUUGAUGCCGACAUGGCAUUCUGCUUGAAUAACCGAAAUAAUGACGUCUUCAUGUACGUGUCAAACAGAGUGGAUUGGGGACAUUUGGUCAACUCAGACAACUUUGAAACGACCCAUCUGUAUAACGAAUUGUAUCAAAUAUUCGACAACAGGUGGGACUGGGAGCUGAGGUAUUUGCAUCCUAAUUGGUCCAAAGCUUUGGAUCCUAACCGGACUGUCGAGGCUAUGAUGAAAGACCCUGAAACAAUGCCAUGUCCAGAUGUUUUCUGGUUCCCAAUAGUCACACCCAGAUAUUGUGUAGAACUCAUUGGGGAAAUGGAAAACUUUGGCCAGUGGUCCGACGGAUCGAAUUAUGAUACACGACUUGACGGAGGGUAUGAGAAUGUCCCUACGGUUGAUAUACACACUAACCAAGUGGGUAUGGAGGCACAAUGGUUGGAGUUUCUGCGUUUAUAUGUAGAACCACUGCAAUCCAAAGUCUUCACGGGUUAUCACCAUUACCCACCCUAUGCCUCCAUGAACUUUAUUGUUCGGUACAAGCCGGAUGAACAGCGUGAGCUCAAACCACAUCAUGAUACGUCCACUUACACAAUAAACAUUGCCUUGAAUACGCCCCAUGUUGACUAUGAGGGUGGUGGAUGUCGCUUUACAAGGUACAAUUGUUCCGUAGUGGACACAAAAUUAGGACAUGUGCUGAUGCAUCCUGGAAAGUUGACGCAUCAACAUGAAGGACUUCGGAUUCUGAAAGGGACGCGAUACAUAAUGAUUUCAUUCGUGGAUCCCUAGUCUGUGUGUAUCCGAUAAUCCGACGACUACUUUCAACGUCCUCCUCACUUAUUUACUACUCGUAUAUUACGCUCUCUACAAUCAAUUAAUCACGACGGCUUCAAAUCAGCGGACGAAAAUAUUGACUCAAUAAGCGGCCUCCUCAUAUCUCUCUCAUAAAUGAAUCUCUUACUUACACAAAUAAAGAUACAAGAAAACUGGUUUGUUACUUAAAUAUGCGUGUAUUUAUGAAGGAGAAUAAUUGUUUGUUGGUUAUUGUGGAAUAAUUUGCUUCAUUUUGAUUAUGACAUAAAUAUGCAAAGAGAAAUAAAAGCAAUGACAAAUAA